AGCCAAGCCGAGUGCGGUGAAUGUCAAAUAUAUUUUUAAGAGUGUAUAGGUUAUAAAGAUCGAGCUUUUGACCUAUUGUUUCAAAAACCCUUUUAACACUAUUUAUCCAUUGUUUUAAUCUUAUCCAUUGAACAUUUUUAUUAAAUUUUGCACCAAUAUUGGACUUCUGCAUUGAUUUUCCCAACUAGUCCAUUGCACAUCAGAUCUACCUAAGGCAACAUUUAGCCGACAAUUUUUUUUUAAAUGUUGUUUAGGGGUAUGCAUAAAAAGGAAGAUAUCAUUUACUAAUACAAAACUUGAAUGCUACACCCUUACAAAUCCACCUAUAUCAUCAUUUCUUUUCUUCAAAAUUCCACUACUAGCUCAUUACUAGUAGAUAGAGAAAUAUGGUGUUUGUAUAAGAUAAACUGUGAUAGGUGAGACAAAAUUAUUACAUAAGUGUUUAAAUGGAGUAAAAAUCAAGAAACAUUAUGAAAACAGAGAACAUGGGAUUUGAAGUGCACAAACCAGAGAACAUGGGACAGAAAAUGAGAAGACUUUCAAAAAAAAAUUGAGAAGACAACGGAGAAUGGAGCAGUUGUUAUGUCUUCACAAUUGCCAUUCCAUUUCAAGUACCUAUAGAUCAGAUAAUAAUACUAAGUAAAUCUAUGUUUGAAAAUCGUUUUAAGUUAAAAUUAAUUUUCAAGACAAACUUAUAUGUUAUCUGUGUCUGAAUCAAUUAUUACUUAUUAGAGGUUGAAACAAACAACAGUUAAUAUUUAAAUUGUUUCAGCAAUCCUUGCUACAGUUCUGUAAUUUCCUUUUCCCAUUAUACCUUCCCCAAACUCAGUGGAUUCACUCCCAAGUUUCUGGACAAGUGGGGUGUUAAAAUGAGCACUGAAAGUGCUGAAAGUGUUGUUAGUGUUGAUCUUGAAGGUGUUGUUUCAUCAUCCAAUGGGGAUGUAAUUGGGGAUCCGGGUGUUGUUAGCAGCACAAAGCUUGCAAGGUUGGAUUUGAGUUUGGCAUGUUUCUCAGAGAAAGUUUCCAACUUGAGCAUUUUUGUGAUGCAUCUAGCAACCAUGGAGAGUGAACUUGAUGGCUUAGCUUGGGUGAAGGAUCACAUGGGACUUGGUUCUUUUGAAAAGGUUCUGGAAUUUGAUCUGUUAUCUGGAGUGUUGGGUUCAGAGAUCAGAGAGUUAGAUGGAUUCUUAGACACUCUUAAAUCUGGGAUUGUGGAAUCUAGAGAGAGGGUGUGGUCUUGCACUCAUUUGGGAGAGGCUUUCAUUACAAUGCAAGACAAGUUACUUGACUGUGAGCAAUAUCUGAAGCAAUCUGAACAUCAGUUCACUGAAAUUAAGAUACAGUCAGCUAGCUUCCAGAGGAAUUUGUCUUCUUUAAAGAAGGCAGAAAAUGCAGGUAAUGGUGAAGCAGAUAAAAUCAUCAGAGAGGGUGAUAAAUCUUUGAAUGUAAAUGGACAGAUAAAACUGCAAACAGCUGGGCAACAAAGGUAUAUUCUGAAAAUGCUGGAUAAAUCAUUGGCAAGAGAAAUGGAUCUUGAGAAGAAUUUAUAUGAUUCAAGAGAAAUUGAAGGAAAGCUAAAACUACGAGUGUUCUCUUUAGAUCAAAAGUUAGUUCACAUGGAGGAAGAAGCAAUUGAUGUUUGGGAAAGAUUGUUUGAGGCAAACAAUGCACGUGAGAUCCUGAUGGGAAUUUCAAAAGGUCUGUUGGGCAGACUCCAGAUUUCUCAGUUCAAAUUGAAUGGUUCCAGUCACCAUGAAUUUGAGCUUCAAGCUAAGCUUGAAACUCUUGUAGAACAAUUGAAAACCAGAGAUGUUAUUGUGGAGAAGAUCAAAAGCAACAGUACUGAAUUAAACAGCUCUCUUCUGGAUCAGACAAAUACUGCAAAAGCUGAUCUGAAAGAUGCUGAAGAUAAGCUAAUCCAUGCCAAUUCUGAAAUCUUCACUUUAACUGAGAAGGUGUCUUUACUUGAGAAGCAGCUAGAAGAAUCUGAAUCCCAGCGACUGAAUAUGAAAGCAUCGGCUGAUGAAUAUCAGAAGCAGUACAAUGUUGUGUGCUCUGAAGUAGGAGACAUGGGAAAUCUUGUUGUUGACCUGAAACAAAUUGUAACCAAUGAAAAAAGUAGGGCUGAUAGUGCAGAAACUAAGUGUAAGUUACUGACAGAGAUUAAUUCAAAACUCAAUGAAGAGCUGAAUCUUUUGAAAGGCGGUGGAGACAAUUCCAAGAGAAUUUAUUAUAAUCUUCGAUUGCGGAAUAAAGUAGCAUCUGCGGAAGCUGGUCAGGAGAAGCAAAGUAUGUUGUAUUCCACAAUUAGUGAUAUGGAAAAUGUGAUAAAGGAUCUUAAGUCAAAGGUUUCUAAAGCUGAGAGUCAGGCUGACAGUGCAGAGGAGAAUUGUAUAAUAUUGUCUGAAUCUAAUGCUAAGUUAAAUGAGGAACUGAAGUUCUUGGGGAGUAGAUUGGAAUGCUUAGAGGUAUCUCUGCACAUAGAGGAGGAAGCAAAAAUGUUAACUGCGAAGCAGAUUGGAAAGCAGACUGAAUUUUUUAAGAAUUUGGUGACGCAGCUGGCUAUUGAAAGAGAGCGUCUGAAGCAGCAGUUAUCUUCCCUAGCAAGUGAGAACAAAAUUUUGGUAGUGAAGCUAAUGCAGACAUAUAAAGAUCCUUCUUGAGAAGCUAGUGAGACUUCAGCCAUUGGCCAUAAGGUGGGCAGGUCUUGAAAACAUUGAUAUGCAAAAUUUAAUGAAGUAAAACCUACAGAUUCUAUGUUAGUUGUUCGGAGUAUGAGGAGAAUAGAUGCAGGGGUUCCUGAAUUUUCAUAUCGGUUCUUGUUUUACUGGUUUCAUUUCAUCUGUGAUUUAUUUAUGUUUCUAUUACAGAAAUUUGUUUUCUGUUUAUUAUUCAUUUGUUGACUCUAUUGAUAGGUGUUUAAUUCAAAGCAUUAAUUAUAUUUGUGUUAUAAGCA